AUGAAGUCCUACACUUUGCCGAUUGUCUCGUCUCUUUUGGGAUCUGCUUACGCUGCAUCCCAUUCUAUCGACGUUGGAGAAGGUGGUCUGGUCUUCUCUCCCAACUCUACCACUGCUACUGUUGGGGACACUGUCACCUUUCACUUCUAUCCCCGUGCCCAUGGUGUCGCUCGUAGCAGUUACUCCAAACCUUGCGCCGCGAUAGACAAUGGCUUCAACUCCGGCUUUGUCCAAGUCACCAGCGGAGAAUCAGCCACGACAUUCACCAUCACCAUCAACAAUACUGACCCCAUCUGGUACUACUGUCCUCAAGGAGAUCACUGUCAAGCUGGCAUGGUUGGCGUAAUCAAUCCUCCGUAA